AGGGAGAGAGGGAGGGAGAGAGGGAGCUAAGGCCAGGGGCUUUGCUGGCUGCCAUUGUUGCUGUCUGUCAGGAGAAGCACUGGGGAGAAGAGAGAGAGAGGGAAGAGAGAGGAAAAGUUCCUGCUGAGUUAAAGUAGUCCACGGGACCGCGCGUACAGUAUUCAACAGCUUCCCUAGGCUAUCAGUCGGCCAUCGCAAGGGAGAGAGAGAGGGAGAGAGUUACACCAAAGGAUUUUUUAUUUAUAGCCCCUCCAACGGCAACAGUCAGUAACAACUUUUCUGAGGGGUGUGUGUGGUUGGUUAGUGGAGAUAAAGGACUAGUUAGUGAUUUUGUUUGGCCAUGCAACAGGCCUGGGAUAAGGCUCUCUUCGAGGCUCACAUCGAAGGUGUCAAGAACGGCCAAACUGGUGAAAUGUCGGGGAAAAGCCAAGGAGGAUAUAUGGGAACCAAGACGUCCAACGAACACUUCCAGAGCACCAGCCUGUCCGACGGCAAUGAUAACAAGCCCCAGCCAGUGGGUGGUGUCCAGGGCCAACUGAGUGGUGGGGGUGGGACCCACCAGAACCACCAGAACACACAGCUCCUCUUGACACCCGCCAGUAUCCAGCUAGCCCAGCUCCAGGCCCAGCUCACCUUCCACCGCCUUAAACUGGCCCAGAGUGCUGUGGGGGGCAACGCAAACUCUGCAAACGCAGCCAGCAUCCUCAAUCAGGUCCUUGCCAAUGUGGCCAUGUCCCAGCCCCUCUUCAACCAGCUCCGCGCCUCGGCCAUGGUCAGUAAUCCCCAAGCAGUUGGUGGUGGUUUCCACUCCAGUGCCCUAGCCUUCCAACUGCCUCCACCACCGCCGCCACCGCCGCCACCCCCCAACUCUGCCCUUGGGACUUUGGUAGGGGCCGGAUUCAACCAGAAUCAUGGUAAUCUGAGGCUGAACCAUUACGGAGGUGGGGGUGUUUCUGGGAACCAACAGCAGCAGCAACAGGCCAACCAGCAUGGUGGAUCAGACUACGGUAAGAAAGCUGGCUCAACAUACCCUUCAGAUAUGGAUAGGCAUCUCCAGUAUGGCUUCACAGGGGGGACGUCGGUGGCGUUGAGUGAAGCCGGAGAGGGACAAGGACAGUACGUACCAAUCAUGACUCAGGCAAAGAGUACAAACCAAGGCUUUCAGAUUGACUUCUAUGGUCAGAGUCAACAACAACAGGCUGGGUUCGGUGUUGGGAAUCAAAACGAUCAGAACAAGAACCCUUUUAAUGAGCAGCAGUGGAAAAGCCCAGCUAACAUGAGCCACGCGGAAAAAGGGUUGGACAUGGUUUCCAAUACUGCCACAGUAUGGAUGGGGACUGGGCAGCCAGUCCGUGCCAGAGAGGAACUGUACAAUCCAGAGGAGCCAACCUCUGACCCCAAGUUAAAUUCCGGCGGUGGGGGAGUUACUUCCUCGUUCGGAGCAGGCAUGGGUGGCACCAAGGGGUUUGUGGGAUACCACAAGCAGCCCCUGCAGGGGGGAGAGGAGACCCUGUCUACAGGUGGUUCCGUACAACUCCAACCUCACCAGCUGAAUGACUUCCACACCGUGACGCCAUCACACCUGCCCCACCAGUGCACCAUCUGUGAGAAGAAGGUCUAUAACCUCAAGGACUGGGACCAGCACGUGAAAGGUAAACUACACCUGCAGAACCGCUUGCUGUACUCUGAAGGUGCUACAAUCACAGCUGGAGCCGUCUACUACGGUCCUGCCGGGUCGUCUGAAGGAUGCCUAAACAACGUCGGAGUGAAUAACUCCAUGGCUUACUCUUCCACCGCCAAUCAAGAUGUAUCAUCCGGAGCUAACCUACCAGCUGGAGUAAUGAGAACCUAUCCCAUGUCAGGGGCUGGAUUUACCCAACUCCCACCUGGGUCAAAGACAUUUCCACCCAGGAAAUCAAUCACAGGACGGGUCGUCCACAUCUGCAACCUCCCCGAGGGCAGCUGCACAGAGAAUGAUGUCAUCAACCUGGGACUGCCCUUCGGGAAAGUCACCAACUACAUCCUCAUGCGCUCUACCCACCAGGCGUUUGUGGAGAUGGCGUACAUUGAGGCGGCCCAGGCUAUGGUUCAAUACUACCAGCUGACUCCAGCCAUGAUCAACGAUCAGAAACUACUGAUCAGGAUGUCCAAGAGAUACAAGGAGCUUCAGCUCAAGAAACCAGGGAAAGACGUUGAUUCAAUCAUCCAGGAUAUCAACUCCCUGAGGGAAAGGGACGAGAUGCAGGAGACUGAUCACUACAUGCCAGAGAGAGCGCGGUCCCGUAGUCCCAUCAGCCGCUCUCUGAGCCCUCGCUCCCACAGCCCCAGCUUUACCUCCUGUAGUUCAGCCCACAGCCCGCAGGGGGCACCCUGCCGAGGAGGCCCGGAACGGGGCUCCUGGACCGCCAAACACAUGAGAAAGGGGGACGAGGACAGAGAACGAGAGAGGGAAAGGGAGGAGGUGCCAUGGAGGAACGGAGGUACAGUGGAUGACGAUAGGCUGAACGGGAGGAUGCAGGAUCGACGGAACAGGCCAUACCUGAAACCCUCCGACCGAGACCGGAUCAGUCCCAGAUCAGCGGACGAAAGAGGAGGAGGAAGAGGGGAGGGGAUGAGGGGGGGGAACAGGGGGGGAGAUUGGUACCCCCACCCGAGGUGUAGCCCUCAGGGGAUGCCCCCCUUCCCUCCGUACAGGAACAUGGAUGAGGACUCCUACAAAACACAGCAUGUGUAUAAGUCAGAGAAGCCCCUGAGGCCACAGUACCAGAGACAUGAGGAGGGGAGAGUCAAGUCAAAGAGGAGGGAUGGAGGGGACUACCACAGAUCCAGACACUCAGAGUCAGAUCUGGGAGAGGAGUCUCUACCCACCAGGACAGGAGAAGACAGAAGACAGAGAGGAGGCUCCCCGACAUGGGGAAGGAGCAAGAAACCCACCAUGAGACACGGGACGGAGAAACCGGAAAUAGAGAUUACUGAAAAUAACGGAGAAACCGCUGAGGAUCAGCGAUCCAAAGAGAAGUCUGUUUCUCCUCAACGAAGUAGCAAGCAUGAGAGAGAAAAAGACAGCGAGGUGGAGGAGUGGGAGAGUGGGGACGACACAGAGGGUGAGUGCUGGUACCCCAAGAACAUGGAGGAGCUGGUCACAGUGGACGAGGUAGGAGAGGACGACUCCAUCAUCGAACCGGACCUCCCUGAGCUGCAGGAUGACGAGGACGUGUCAGCCUCAGACCUCCACAAGGAUCCUACGGAGGAGGAGGAGGAAGAGGGGGAGGCUCCACGAUCAACCUCCACCCCCAGUCCCAGGCCCUGCUCUGAGAAGGAGUUAGCCCAGAGAGAGGAUACUGAGUUGGGUAGAGGAGGUGGGGUAGGUGGGGUGGUGGAUCCUAUACCUACAGAGCAGAAAGAUGGGGAGAUUAGCACAAACCCCAGCCCCACAGACCAGUCACUGCCACAGCCACAGCCACAGCCACAGCCACUGCCACUGCCACAGCCACAGUCACAGCCACAGCAACAACCACAGCCACAGUCACAGUCACUGCCACAACCACAGCAGCAGUCACUGCCACAGCCACAGCCACAGUCACAGCCACAACCACAGUCACUGCCACAGCCACAGUCACAGUCACUGCCACAGUCACAGUCACAGCCACAGCCACUGCCACAGCCACUGCCACAGCCACAGCCACUGUCACUGCCACAGUCACAGCCACCCAUCCCAGUAGCCUCAGAACAGCUCAGUUCAGAUCUGGAUGAUUUCCCCAACCCGGAGUUCAAGGCAGCCCUGGAAGAGACGUGUUUGGAAGCUGAAGUACUGAAGAGUGGAGCGCCGACGCAGGAGCUGGCGCUAACCAAUCACGCUGGCGCGUGUGAAAGCAGCAAGACCCAGGAUGUAAUACACAAGAUGGAGGAUGUGGGGAGGGAAGUAACAGUCAUGAAGCCAGACAUACAGCAGCACAAGAAUGAGACUCCUAGAGUCAUCCAGAAUUCAACACAUCCUAUAAACCUGAUAGACAUAGGGGCUCCCUCACCUUCUAGAGGGCAGGAGAAGAUUAUCAGUGAACACAGCAUCCCUCUGGGGGUGGAGUUCAUCGUGCCCAGUACAGGGUUCUACUGUAAGCUGUGUGGCCUGUUCUACACCAGCGAGGAGACAGCCAAGACCUCUCACUGUCGUAGUACUGUCCACUACAGGAAUCUUCAGAAGUACCUGUCUCAGCUGGCAGAGGAGAGUCUACUUGGUGCACUAACUGACCCCUCAGCUACAGAGUGACCUCUGACCUAUACUCAUCAUUCGGUACUGUCAAGUUGAGAUGGUGGACAGCGUUGCGUGUGUGCUACAGACUGAGUGACCUGAGCUUGCCAAGGACUACUCAACGAAAGAGACAUGAAUAAAUGACAUAUCGGAUGGAAGUCACACGGUGACAUGCACUGGACCCGUUAGAGAAGAGCGAUUCUCUGAGAAUUGAUUGGACUAAAACUCAUUGCUACCAAUCAAAUGAAAUGUUAUUGGUCACAUGUGCCAUAUACAGUAAUACAUAUUACGGUGAAAUGCUGACUUACGAGCCCAUUCCCAACCAUGCAGAGUUAAAAAGAAAGACAAAUUUUUCUAAAGGAAAUAGUAACGCAACAAAAUAACAAUAACGAGGCUAUUUACAAUAUAGCAAUAUGUUUGAUUCUGUACAUAGUAUAAACAAUACUGUAGUUUAAAAAGGAUCCAGUGUUAAUGUACUACGUUUGUGAAAAUGAAAACCGGUCACCAAAGAUUUGUGUUAAAAAGAUAUUUAUCUAUCUUUCUCCCUUUGAUUUAUUUGCAGUAGAGAAUAAAUGUGUUUGUUUUUCAUCGCGGGAAUAAACACAGCCUUCUUUCUAGUCAUUAUUGUAGAAGUCAGACUCUGUGAUAUAGUGAACUGAAAGUCAUCCAUAUUAGUAUUUGUCCUGGUUCUGGUUCCAUGUUGUUCCAUGUAGCUGUACUCCAAAUAGUACUUUAAUCAUUUGGUUUAACUUUUCAUUUUAGUCAGUAAAGUGUUAGGGAUAUUACAUAGUGUGUUUUUAGAUGCAAAGUGCCUUGGAACAUGUCUGCCAUUGUUAGAUGUAGCAGUUUAGAAGUAAUCCUCAGGUUGGUUUAAUUCGGAUAUUUUAAUUUUGAAUGUAUAUUUCAUUACACAGUGUUUUUGUGUAUAACUGGAGGAUAUGAAGGCCUACACUUGUUAUACCUACUGUGUCUGUUCAUUGAGACAAAAUGGAAUACGGUUCCCGACAGACAUGGACAAAGACAUAUCAGUCUGAAAGAUAUGGAACUUUCAAAAUACAGAAAUCAUCCCUGUAAUGAUGCAUUUUGCAUCAAUUUUGAAAGUUACAUAUCUUGAAAUGUUAAGUGCUGUAUAUGCUUUAGUCCCGAAAUUCUGACAAGCAGAACAUUUUGGGACGAUAUCAACAAUUGACGAAUGAAACAAAUACCUACAAAUAAUUUAUGUGUGGAAUUUUCCUUUAAAUGGAGAUACAGUUUUGCUAAAGUAUCGCCACACGUUUCCUUCAGGUUUUCUUCUAUUGUGUUUUGUCCCAUAUUUGAUUUAAUUUAAAAAUACUUUGACAACUUUGUGAAUUGUAAAGUUUGUCACAAUCAGGUUCAAUAUUUUGCAAAUGUCUAAAUAAUUUAUACAGUGCCUUUAAACUGUAGAGAAACUUGAACUGGACCAUGUGUGUUAUUUAAGAGUUAAAUUAAGUGUUAAGAGUUAAAUUAAGUGUGAUUUUAAGUCAGGAUAAUAUAUUGUCGAGGCAGGGUUUGAAACUUGCUCUCUCUCUCUCUCUCUGUUUUCUACACUGUGAAUGUUGCUCCAAGUUUUAAGAUUGUGUUUAAGAUUUUGUUGAACUUUUCUUAUGGUUAUUUUCUGAUGAAAUCAUUUGAAUAAAAAUGUUAAGAGAGAAA